AUGGCCUCGAAUCUCUCAUCUGAGGAAAUCAUCUCCUCAUUCGAGGCUAUACUGGAUUGUCAGGACUAUGGCAAAUGGGAAGAGCUUGAAGCCUACAUCCAGCCAACUGUUGAUAUCGUUGGCGGCUCACAAAAGCGCGACGAGUUCAUUGCCUUUCUUCGCUCCAGCGUUGAAGACGGAAACCGAAAGGCGGAGCUAGAUAGCUAUAUCGUGGACCAUGACUCCCAAGCUAUAGCUGCCAGAAUCAUCAGAAUCGAAAGCGCUCAAGAUGGGAGUGCCACUUCCGAGUACCAGGAGGUCAUCAUGGCCUGGUUUGUUGAUGGUCGUCUCUCAACCUUCAAAACGAUACAAGACAAUGAUGCACGUCAAGCAAGGCAACCUAGCGCACCGAGAACUCCUGAUGGAGUUGCACAGCGAGCGCCAACAUCACUGGACCUUAGGGCACAAUACCACCAGUACAUCGCCAGCAUGAAUAACAGGACUAUGGAAACCGAGCUGGGGAAUUUUGUUCAACCCAUUGUCACCCACAAUGGCCGCACGAUGACAACAUCAGACUACAUGAAACCAAUCGGAAAGAGCCAGGAGGCAAUUGAGUCAAUAAAGCUGGAGCUAGAAGACAUGCUGGUUGAUAACCAAUCGGGGACGGUUGCCGUUCGAAUCAAGUUCACGGGUGUUUCAGUGGGAGUGUGGGGGAACGCGGGACCCAGUGGAAACCCUGUGACCUUUCAUGAGCAUGCCAUCUAUUGGUUUGAAGGGGGAAAGGUUUCAUUUGUCUGGGCUGCUCUGGACUUUGAUGAGUAUCGACAGCAGGUGAGGGGGGGUGAUUGA